GUUCAACCGCCAAUUAAGUGACGGUGCCAGGUCAUUCAAUUAUCGAGCUCCACAGCAGAUUGAUCUCCUGAGCUAAAAUGCUAGUAGGAUUGGAUGCAGCGCGAUUAUGGAACCUCGACGACAGCAAGCCCAUCGGUUUGCCCCUCAACCAUGCAAAUAUAGUGACCGUCGUCUCGUUUUCAGCAGAUGGAAAGCUACUGGCCACUGGCUGCGAUGACAAGAACGCGUACACUUGGGAUGUUUCUGCGAUAGUAAAAGAAGCCGGCCUCAGUUAUCUUCUUUUGGACAAGCCCGACGAGUCGCUACUGGCUGCUGACGCUACACGACGUCCUGUUCGUCAGCCAAUCAAGGUCGCAAAUUGGUCUUCUGCACCACACCACCUCCACUCUCGAUCAUCACCAUCGCAUGGAAGCACCCUUCGUAGUCGUUUUUUAUCUUUAUUCCGCACCAUACAUUACAAUGUCCACGAUACGCCAUCCCGACCCCGCCCUUUUCACUGGGUUCGAAAUCGUCUCUUUGCUAAACCAAGCGGUGCAGAUAUUGAGCUGCACGAGCAUCCCUCAGCAGUGAUCGACGUCCCAUGCGCCAAGGGCAAACGUAGAAACGCUUCAGCAAGAGAGAGACGGAGGCUAAUCCUGAAGAUUCCUACUGCAGGCAGCUUACCCCCUCCCAAUAGCACCGUCACGCAGCAAUCCAGCGGCACAGCUCAAACGCAGUCGUCUUCGCAACCCCAUGCUGCCAUCUCCACCUCCACCUCACCUCCUGUCGUUGCUACCACGACUUCGAACACUAAUUCUCAUGCAAUGAUUAGACACCCUGGUCGCUGGGCUCGUUUCUGGCUCUUUAUCUGUUGCACGUCUCCUGAGUAUACCGACGGUCAUCAUUAAUCUUUCUGACGAUGUACCUUGUCCUCAUGAUAUUAUCUAAUCCCUCGACUACAUACAAUAGACGCAUGACGUCGUUUAGUGCAUGCUUUAUGGGAGUCGCACAAAUUACAUCCGCAGAACCGACCGCUUCGUCCUUACAUAUGGUAGUUGUCGGCCACAUUGCAGUAACACAGUUGUAUAUUAUUCACACCUUCACGAAGGCAACUCCCACUGACCUUGCCCAAACCGCUAUAUAGACAUCAUUGUACACCCGCAUUAUUUCUCGAAGGAUUGAGAAACAUGCACAUACUCUGUUUCCC